GUAAAGACGGUAAUCGGCUGCCAUGCUUCCCCCGCGCUGUCCGUGUUGCUAAACUCGUCCGUUCCGUGUUCACACGAGCCGGUGGACUCGUCCGUCAAUCAUGUCUUGGGUCAAAGUCAGUUUGAAAUGCGCUGUUCUGUUUGGCUUCUCCGUCUUAAUCGUGGCGCUGCUGCAGUACUGGCUGGCCAGCAAGCAGUAUGUUUUCAGCAAAGAGGACGUCGCUAAACUGGCCAAACAAUAUGCAGGUCAGGACCACGAGCAGGCCUUCUCCAAAGUGGUGGUGGAACUCAGGAAGAGGUACCCGGGGCACAUCCUGCAGGAUGAGGACCUGCAGUGGGUGUUUGUGAACGCCGGUGGCUGGAUGGGCUCCAUGUGUCUCCUGCACGCCUCGCUGACCGAGUACGUGCUGCUGUUUGGGACGGCUGUGGACACCGGGGGACACUCGGGUCGUUACUGGGCAGAGAUCUCUGACACCAUCAUCUCUGGCACCUUCAGGCAGUGGAAGGAGGGAACCACGAAGAGCGAGAUCUUUUACCCAGGUGACACCGUCGUGCACAAAGCGGGCGAGGCCACGUCGGUCCAGUGGAGCGCCGGCACCUGGAUGGUGGAGUACGGCCGCGGGUUCAUUCCCUCCACGCUGAGCUUCGCCCUGGCGGACACGCUGUUCAGCACGCAGGACCUGCUCACCACCUUCUACACCGUGCGGGUGUACGUGAAGGGGCUGCUGCUGGAGCUCUGCACGCUGUUGGCCGAGGGCAGCCUCUUCUGAAGCCCCCCGCCGCCGGGGCAGGGGGGGACCCCGCACACGGUCCCAGCCCAGGACUACCUUGGAUGUCUGCACGGUGAACACUCGAAUCGUCGUUCAUGUUGAGAACCCUCGGCGUUCAGCCU